UUCCAGUUCAUAUUAUGGGUAAAAUUAAUGUAAAAUUAGGAAAAAGUAACCAUUGACCAAAGGAAAAAAGCAAUAAUAAUUGAACAAUAAACAAUACAAAAUAUAAAAAAAUUAAAAAAAAAUCUCAGUACUCAAUCAGCUGGGGCGACAGUUCCGACGCAAGCGCACUCGCUCGCAAAGUGUAGAAUCCGACGGGCUGCGCGUACACGAGAGCUUCGCCCUUAAAAUUUCGUGAAAAUUAAAACACAGAAGUUGUUUUUGUUUGUUGUUAAUAACCUUAAAACCGAAGUGCUACUCGUGAAAUGUACGUGGAGGACGCUGGAGGCGUCCCGGGACACCAUCCCAGUCUCCUUUUCGGAUCAAUCGGGACACUGGAUUAACCUCAUUUUGGCCAAAACCAAAGUGAACCAGCCGGCAAAUCCAGCAUGGUGAAUAGCGGCUCGUUCGAUUCUGCGGACGGCAACCGUAAUGGAAAGAGCCGUUGCGGCACGCAUCAGCAAGUCGGCGGCGACGCCGCCCUCGGCUCUCAAUCCUCCGACGCCGCCGACGACCCCAACAACAAAACUCCGACUCUCGAAUCAGCUGACGGAGAUUUGCCCGUAUCCGCGAUAGAGCCUACACCAACUAAAACGGAAAUCAACGAAUAUGCGAUUCCGUUAGAAGAAAAAGUCUUAGAAGAAAAACCGACAAGACAAGCGAGGAAACUGUUGUGUCUUUAUUGCGAUCGGACAUUUGUCAGCGCUAAUUUGAGACAGAAACAUGUGGAACGGGUCCAUUCUGUUAAACCCAACCGAAGAGUGAGUGCACGAAGGCAAAACCAACAAUUAUGUACGACUCCUUGUUCGCAUUGUGAUAAACUAAAUACUGCUGAACACACUUUAAGCGAUCUCUUUCAACAUUUAGUCCAAGAUCAUCCAGCUAAAUAUUAUGGAUGCAUUUCUUGCGAAGAAAGAUUCCUCAACUCCUUCUACCUUUCCGAACACAACAGAAAUAAUCAUUUUAUGGAAAUUAGUAAUUUACCUGACCCAUUGGAAACAAACGACAAUGUUGAAGAUACUUUAAAGGGUUCAAUAACCCGAAGCAAAUUGAGAAGCAAACCAGAAGAACCUUCACCAAAUGAAGAAACUAAUUUACCCAAUAACAAAAAGAAAAAGAAAUCCAAAUUAAAAGACUUGAGAAACAAAAAAAUCUCAAUAAAAACCUCAAAAAUAGCCAUCAAAAGAAGCACAAGGCUACAACAACAAGCCAAGGAAAUCGACUUGAACAAAAAACGAAAAGACAGAAAACUCACCAACAACACAAAACCCGAAACAAUGACCAACAAAUUAGCCGACAAAUCCAUAAACCCCUAUCCAGAAUUCGAUAACUUUUACCGUGUAAAAAAAAUCACCGACCAUUCCAUAGAUAAUCUAAAAAUAAGCUCACUAACAUUCGAUGACGUUUUUGACAAGGCCUUUUUCAAUCGCAUCAAGUGCAAUAUCGAAGAAAACCUCCUACAUCAUAUUGAUGGUAAACUAUUCAAAAACGAAGAAUCAGAAAAUAGAAUUUCCAACUUUGAAAAAAUCCCCACAGCCGCGCAAGAAAUACAAAACCAAAACGCCGACAAUUUCGGUUGCGAAAUGUCCCUCAACGCCAUCACUCCUGCGUCAGCUCUAUCAUUAAACUCUCAAUUCGGUGAAGAUUUCGAAUCUCAAAUAGAAUACGGCUCUAAACCAUCAAAGAAAAAACCGCAAAUUAAAAGCGACGAAGUGCAUUAUAAAUACUUCACUCGGAGAAAAUAUCAGGCAAGUAUUUUACAACAAAAAGAAAAUCGAGAUCUUAGUAAGUUGGACAUGUGGACACAAGUGCUCGUUAAAGAACGUCAAGAGAAGGUUUUAGACAAAAAGAAAAGUAGCAAAGAGCUUCAAGAAUAUACAUCAGGCCAGGAAUAUAAAAGUAAAAUAAAACGAGAAGAAUUAAAUAGGAUUUUAGACAGGCGAGGCCCCUUUGAAGAUCUCAAAGAGGAAGCAACUAAAAAAGCUGCCUUUGAUAAACUAAACUCAUCAUCAGAAAAUGAUAUUAGCCAAGAAGUCUUCACAGACGUAAGAGAGGUUCUCAACGACUUAUUAAAUCGCGUUUUUGAGGCUGUCAAGGAAGAAGACGAACCUUUAGAAGUAUGUCUCAAGGAAAUCGACAAAAGAGAAAUCCCAGCCUUUUUGAAUUUGCGUCGUAAAACUUCGCUAACUCAAGAAGAAAUAGACAAAUCGGAUAAAAUUGCCUUAAUUUGUUCGUCGCAAGAGACUGAAAACUUCGAACUACCAACCAACGCUGUAAGAGGCAAAAACGAAACAAUAGAACUAACAGGAGAAUGGGCCAGGAGCCGCAUGUACAUCUGUGCCGCUUGCGGCGGCAAAUUUUCCAACAUGAAAUAUCUUUUGGACCACAAAAGUCUCUAUCAUCAAAAUGUUUGGGUGCAACAUUACGAGUUUGUGGGCAACCAAAGCGAAUUGUACCGGCACUUGAGUAUACCGAACUUAGGCAAAGUCGGUUUUGUUGAAGAAACGAUUCCGUGCAAACAAUUGUGGAAACGUAGCGAGGCUCGGUUGUGUACGAAGUGCGGGAAACGGUGCAAUUCUUUGGGCGAGCUUCACAGGCAUGUGCUGGAAUGCGGCGGCGAUUGGACCUGGAUGUUGGCCAGGAAGAAAUUGAAGUACAAACCUAUGGGUGGGAAAACACGACGAAAACGAAAAGUUUUCACAGGUUUCGAACCGAAAAACCCCAACAGGAUCAAAAAGACUGAAACUACAGAGAAGAAAAUUCUCAAGAAACCCAUGGACGGUCCUCGGCAACGACCCAGCGAUGCCGAUACAAUACAAAGAAUGUUGGCUAACCUCCCAGCCAAACGCAUGAGAAGAAACAUAAUGUCCCUUAGCGAUGUUGUUUUCAAAUCGAAAAAAACCAAUAAUACUCAAAAGCUUCCUCCUACCAAGGUUAAACGGGGUAGUAAGAUGCAAACUGAUAAAAAUAUUAAGUCAAAUUCUUGUAGGGCUUUAAGGAGUUUUGGUAAAGUUUUAUCAAGUAGGAUUUUAGAUAUUAAUUCGUCUUUAAUGGUUAAAAGGAAAAUUAAGGUUUUACGUAGUCAAAGGUUAACUAGGAAUAAUUCUAAAAAUGAAUCAGAGAAGGUAUUGAGUGAUACAGAAUUGAUAGAAGAAGAUGCUAAAAUUCCCUUGGAAAAUACAAAGAAGUCAAUAGGAAAGAGAAUCUUAAAUAGUCGAUUAAAUUUGAAGAAUUUCUUUCCAGUUAAAAAACGAGCUAAAAAUCUAGAAAAAAUACCCCAAGAACCUGAAAGUGAAGAGUCAAAAUACUUGGAAAAUUUCGACCAAACAAAAAAGAACAAAAGAGGAGGUCUAAAGGGAUUCGUUAGGGCUUUAAGUUUGAGGAAACGUAAUUCGAAAGAUGACGAAGACAAAACUAAAAAGCCUGAAAAAAUUGAAGAAACACCCAAAAAACGUAAACUAACUUUUCGCAAAGUAAUUAACAAAGUGAAAAAACUUAAAACAACAUCAAACAAACCUACAGUAAAUCAGGCUCCUUUUUUAGAAGAACCUGUACAGCAGGCACAAGAAACAACAGUGGAAGUCGAAGAAGAAAACAUUCAAGAGAAAGAAGAUCUUGUCCCUACUGUCACUGAUUCUGAAAAUCCACCGAUACCUGAAACUAUUUUUAAUUUAGUUGAAAAGGAGGAGAAAGGUUUACAGGCCAAGGGUGAAUUAGACUUUGAUGAUAUCAGUAAUAAAAUAUUAGAGCCUACUACUAUAGAUAUUUCUAUAAAACCUAAAUCUGUGCCUUUACUUUCUCCAAAUGUUAAAGGGAAAAUUCGUAAACCCAGUCGAGGCUUGAAUGAUUGUAUUGCAAUGCUUACAACUAAAUUGAAGCAAAAAGAUGAUAAACUUUCAUUGUCUAGGGAGAGUUUAUUUAGUACAUCGUCUACAACUAGUGUAGAGCCACAUGCAAAUUUGCUUGUUCCAAUACUGCCAACAGUUACUACUGUCAAUGAAUCUCCGUUGGAUUUGAGCAAAAAGUCUGAAAGUACUCCAGAUUUGUCUGAGAAAGUUUUGCCUGAUGCUUCUUGGACAUCAGUUGAUGAUAUUAUACAGAAAGUGAUUGAUGAAAAUACAAUAAAUGGGUGUAAUAAGUCUAAUUUGGAUGAUACUAUUGACUUUGUUGUCAAUAAUAGUUUAGAUUGGUUUGAAAUAAGACAACGUAAAAAACCAAGAAGGAGAAAGCAUUCAGAUGAUGGUCUGAUAACCAAUAUUUUAUUCGGCAAAGAUAAGUUGAUAAUUGCGCCUUCUAGUAAUCCUAAUGAUGAUGAUCCUUUGAUAGCCAAAAUAAAAGAAAAUGAACUUAAAAUGUCUUCAGCCAAUGCCCAAAAUUUACUUCCUUUGCCUAAUUUAUUGGUAAAUCCGUUUCCAUUUUUAUCAGUAUUUGAACCAGAAGUUUUAGUUAAUGAAACUCAAACAAAAGAAUUAUUAGUCGAAGAAGCAAAGAAGCCACCAAAAGUUCGUAAAGGCAGAAAACCUAAAUUAAUUGAAACAAAUAUUGAUGAUCAGUUGGAUAUUAAGGAAGUUCCAAACAAUGAACCAGACAUUGUUGCACUUCCGGCUGAAGCAGCCAUUGAACUGAGUACAGAAAAUGAGCCUACAGUUUUGGAAAAUAAAAUUAUUACUAAGCAAGUGAGUGAUUCAGAAGAUGAAGUUCCUUUAGCUCAAAUUGCAAAGCAAGAUUCUAUUGAAACUACAUCUAAAAAUGAUAUGGUUGAAACUCUUACAACAGAUAGUUUGAAGGAAAAUAUUGAAACACCUAAAGAUCCAGUGAUUGAUACAAAAGCCCCAACAACAAUUAAAAAAAUCAGAAGAAAGAAACGCAAGAAAAUCUAUGUUAGACAAAAAAGGCAUAUAAACAAGCCCAGCAUUAAAGUUGAUGCUUUAUUGGAAUCAAAUACGAAUUUGCCAUCAGAAGAUCCUCAACAAUGUGAAGAAGUUGUUAAUAAAGAAGCACCUACAAAACAAAGAACCAGGCGUAAGUCAAAAAGCUCCAAGAAAAUUGACACUGUUGAUAAUGAUUUAUUUAAAAAUUUCUCCUUGGUAAUCAACAAGAAAACCAAAAGAAUCCCACCUACAAGUAUAGUGGAUGAUUCUGUUUGUGAUGAUAUCAACUUUUUUGUAAAGCCUGUUGAGGUUAUUGAAGCCAAACCAAGUGAAAAUCUUUUGAAUGACUCAAUUGAAGAAAUGGACAUGGAACUUGAAGAUUUACCUGUCAAUAGUAGUAUAAUUAUUAUUGAAAGAGAUGUGAUGGGUGAGAAGGUUGUGGAAUCGGAAGUGCAAAGCUUAGACGAUAUUAUGGAUCGAGAAGAUUUGUCUGGAACUAAUGAGGUUCCUGAAAGUCAAGAUGUUUCAGUUUUGCCAAUAGUUGACAAAGAGGAAAUUGUUGUUAAGCCAAUUCCAAGGAAAAGGGGCAGGCCAGCUAAAAAUCAAAAGAAGCUUAUUACAAUGAUAAACAAUCCAUUGAAAGAAUCAACACCCAAACGUGGUAGACCCAGAAGGUCUAGAACAAUCAACAAUGAAAUUGAAAGACCAAAAUCACCUCUUGUUGAAGAAAUCAUUCAUGCAGUAUCUGAACCAGAUUUGUCUGUCAUUCAAUUUACAGCUGUAGAAUUAGUAGAUGUUGAACAAAAUAAUUUAGAAAUAUCUGAAGAAUAUGUAGUAGAUGUGCCAAUAGAGACUAGUGAAAUAGUUGAAGAUGUAGAUGAGAAUACCCAAGAAACUAAAGAUGAAGACAAGGUAACUUCAAGCUCAGAAAUUCAAUUGGUUCAGACACCAAUAGCUGCAAAAAGGGGCCCCAAAAAAGGAUCCAAAAAUAAAAGAAACAAUUUGAAACAGUGUAAAACAGAUGAGACAAAUGACAUUCCUAAAAAAGAUGAAGAAGGUCUUAUUGGUUCAGAUUCAGUAUUGUUGGACGAAUCAGAAAAUUUAAAGAUUUCUCCGGUUAAACGCCGUAGAGGAAGACCAAGUAAAAAUCAAACUAAUAUUGAAGUUUUAAGGCAAACAGACAUUGAGGUUGCUGUUUUGCCAUUGAAUGAACCAAUUGCUGAAGAUUUUGAAGAUAAAUGCAAUAAUGAUAUUUUAAAAUUGCCCUUAAGCUUAGAAUAUAAAAGUGACGUAGAUGAAGGUACUAAAAGUCGAAGAUCUCGCAAAGUUAUUGAUUAUAAUGAAGAUGUUUUAGCAUUAAAGAUUAAUGAAGAUGAAAUAUUUAAAACAUCUAAGAAAAAUGUAGAUGAAGAUGUAAAUCAAGAACCAAUAGUAACAUCAGAAUAUUUGCCACCAGAAAUUCCUGUUGAACAAAUAUCAUCUAAAGAAUCUGUAGUAGAUGUAGAGACUAAUGAAAUAGUUGCAAGUAUAGAUGAGAAUAACCAAGAAACUAAGGCAACUUCAAGCUCAGAAAGUGAAUUAGUUCAGACAUCAAGGGCCCCUAAAAAAGGAACCAAAAAUAAAAGGAAUAACUUGAAACAGUGUAAAACAGAUGAGACAAAUAGCAUUCCUGAAAAAGACGAAGAAUGUCUUGUUGGUUCAAAUUCAAUAUUGUUGGAAGAUUCAGAAAGUUUAAAGAUUUCUCCGGUAAAACGGCGUAAAGGAAGACCAAGUAAAAAUAUUGAAGUUUUAAAACAAACAGACAUUGAGGUUGCUGUUUUGCCAUUGAAUGAUCCAAUAAUUGCUGAAGUAUUUGAAAAUGGAUGCAAUCAAUUGCCAUUAAACGAUGACGUAGAUGAAGGUACCAAAAGUAGAAGAUCUCGCAAAGUUAUUGAUUAUAAUGAAGAUAUUUUAGCAUUACAGAUUAAUAAAGGUAAAAUAUUUGAAAGAUCUGGAAAAAAUGUAGAUGAAGCUGUAAACUCAAAAAUAAUGGUAGAGCAAAUAACAUCAGAGUAUUUGCCACCAGAAAUUCCUGUUGAAUCUGUAGUAGAUGUAGAGUCUAAUGAAAUAGUUGAAGAUGUAGAUAAGAAUAACCAAGAAACUAAAGACGAGGAUAAGGCAAUUUCAAACUUAGAAAUUGAAUUGGUUCAGACACCGUCACCUGCAAAAAGGGGCCCUAAAAAAGGAACCAAAAACAAAAGGAAUAAUUUGAAACAGUGUAAAACAGAUGAGACAAAUAGCAUUCCUGAAAAAGAUGAAGAAUGUCUUGUAAAUUCAAUAUUGGUGGCAGAUUCAGAAAGUUUAAAGUUUUUUCCGGUAAAACGGCGUAAAGGAAGACCAAAUAAAAAUAUUGAAGUUUCAAAACAAACAGACAUUGAGGUUACUGUUUUGCCAUUGACUGAACCAAUAAUUGCUGAAGCAUUUGAAGAUAUUUCACAUUUGCCAAUAAACGAUGACGUAGAUGAAGGUACCAAAAGUAGAAGAUCUCGCAAAAUUAUUGAUUAUAAUGAAGAUAUUUUAGCAUUAAAGAUUAAUCAAGACGAAAUAUUUAAAAGAUCUACAAAAGAAGCUGUGAAUCAGGAACCAAUGGUAACACCAGAAUAUUUGCCACCAGAAAUUCCUAUUGAACAAAUAUCAUCUGUAGUAAAUGUACCAAUAGAAACCAAUGAAAUAGUUGAAGAUGUAGAUGAAAAUAACCAAGACAAGGCAACUUCAAGCUCAGAAAUUGAAACAUUGACAGUUGCAAAAAGGAGCCCCAAAAAAGGACCCAAAAAUAAAAAGAAUAAUUUAAAACCCGUAUGGGAAGAAGUAAUUCCCUGUAAAGUUUCAGAAUUUUCUGAAAUCCCCAAAUUGGUAGUCGAUAUACAUCACGAAGACCAAAUUGAACUUGACAAUAUUGAACUAGAACCAACUUGUGACAUAGUAAAUAUUGUUCUAGAACAACCAGAGGAUGUUUGUAACUUAAAAGAUACCAAAAAAGCUGAAAAAAAGAAGAGACGUUCGAGGAAAUCUACAAAUGCAGAAGAAACCAGUGUUAUUAAUGACCCAAGUGACAGUUUAGUAGAAGAUUUAGUAAGUUUAGAGCAAAAACUGGAAGCUCUUGAGAACGAAAGUUAUUCAAGGUACCAGAGAAAAUCCAGGAAAAGUAGCAAUUAUAAUGAAGACAAUAUUAUUGUAGAAGACAAACCAGAAAUUUUAAUCAAUGAUGCAGAAUUAUCCAGUGCAAUUGAAGAACAACCAAUUUUAAACAACAAUAAAUCUCUAGAUCUACUAGACAACAUUGAAUCUGUUAAAGAUGUUUUUGAAUUUGAAGAAAGCACUUCAAGUAAAGAAGUAUUUUCGACUAUAAAUAACAAUGAAUGUACAGUUACUGAAUUAGAAUCCGUUCCAGUUUCGAAACCUAGAAAAGGUAGAGGAAAAGCUAGAAGAAACAAGAAGAAUCAUAGUGAAGUUAAUGAGCCAAUUCAAAAAACUAAAGGCAAAAGAAAUAGAAGAAAUAAGAAGGAUGGUAAAGAAGUAAAUCAGACAAUAGUUGGGUUAGAUUUAGUAAAAGAUCAAUUUGAUAAAGAUGAGGUAAUUGAACCUGAAGCAAAUCAAGACAUUUCCAUUGAAGCUCAGAACAUUGAUAGUUUGACACCAUUAAAGGAUUGUAACGAAGUUACUGAUGAAUUAAAUAACGAAGUUGCACCUGAACCAGAAUCUGAUGAGGUUCAGAAUGAUUCAUUGAUAGAAAUUGAUGAAAAUCCAUUGACUGAUUUCAAAACAAGUAACGAUAAAGAAAAACAGCUCAUAAAUGAAGAAAUUCAGGCAAAAUUGAGUAUUUCUGUGACAGAAAAUGAUGAAAAUCUUCAAGUUGAUGUUAACGAGCCGGAAACUAAACUUCAAACGGAAAAUGAAGUAGUUGAUGUAUAUGAACAACUAGAUUUAGAUGAAAAUAUUGAAGAUGCACCAAAAGCCAAAAGCAGAAGCAAACCCAAGAAAAACAACAUGGACAUUGACAUUACAAACAUCUUAAAUGUUUUACCCAGAAUGCGAAAGUCGCGAAAUAAUAUUACUGAAGACUUUAUCAAUGAAAUGUCAGUACCUUUGACAGAAAAUGUUUCAGAUAUCAAAAGUACUACAGUAGAAAAGUUAAUUCCAGACGAUAAUUUACUAGAAGAAAUAGUCCUUGAAACAAAAUCUUUACCAACUUCAAUACAACACAAGAAACGGAAAAAUAUCAGACAAAACAUUGACGAUGAUCAUCAGCAAGAAUUAGCCAAAAUCAAUAUUAAAAAUCUACUUCUGAGCAGUUUUGCUCCACCAGAUUCCACUUACGAAAGGGACUUUUCAGAAUCCAAAAUUAAAAAACCAAAAAACACAAGCUUUGAUGCACUUAAAAAUGUCUUAAACACAAUAACUACCUCAGACAAUAUGUUUUCUGAGAUACCGCCUUUAAGUGAAAUAAUUAGCAGCUCAGAAAUGGACAUAGCACCUGUGCUAGAUGAAAUAGACAAGUCAUUAGAAAGUGAAGAUAUAUACGAUUUCAAUGACGAAAUAACUCAGAAAAAAACCGUAAAGAAAAAAAUCAGAAAUAAGCCAGUCAAAGUACAAUCAACUAAACCUAGAAAAAGAUCAAAAUCUAGUGGGCAUAAUGAACAAGAAUUAUUAACAAUAGAAAAAGAAGUUUCAGAUAUAUUGAAUACUAAUGAAAAUGAUCUUGAGUUGAGAAGAAGUCGUAGAGAAAGCCGUAAAGUAGCCUCGUACAAUGAAAACGACUUAAUUGAUCCUCUUAUCGACGCCCUGGAAAAAACCCGAUCCAGAACCACUAAAAAAGAAAAACCUCCUAUUGAAAAGCCCAAAUUAAACAGCGAAGAAUUAUUUGAUCUUCUCAAAAAAUCCUCUUGCGAUGAUGCUGAAGUUACUACAAACAUAAAUACUACAUUUAUUGAUCAGCUUGAUAGUUCAAAUGGAGCUGAUCAAGAUUUACCAAGUGACGUUGAUAGUAUCGCAAGUCCAUCAACAAAACUUCAAGACCCAGAUAAAAUAUACGAAUUCACCGAAGAUAGUCCCGAAAAUACAACUUUUCCAAAAAAGAAAAAAUCUUUACCAUCAGCUGAAAACAACUAUUGCCAAAUAUGCAAAAAAUCCUUUAUAAGAAUUGAAAAUUUAAUCAAACACAAAACAACUUUGACUCACAUUUCAAAAUUAUCCGAACUAGAAGCUAAAGAAGCUGAAGAAAAAACUCGAUUAUUGGAAAAAGAAGCUGCAGAACCACUUCAAAACAAUCACCAUUCCCUAAAACUAGUAGACAUUAUAAGUGACGUCCUAAACAAACCAGUCUUGGAAAAUUACAAAGAAUCAAAAGACGUAAGACGUUACAAAAGCCUUGGAGAAAGAAAAAGCUUUGACUCAGAAGUCAAUAACACACCAUACAUAUUACCUACAACUAUUCUAGAAAAACAAAUCAACCUACUAGAAAACAUCAUUGGAAACAAUAGACCUGAAAACAAUUACAUCGAUGAAAUAUCUUCUUGUUCAAACACCUCUUGUACAACAAUAUUCAAUGUAAAUUCUGACGCAGACUUCAUAAAACCCCCAAUACAAUACGAAGAAAUCUCUGAAGAUUCUGUAAACAACACUCGCGUUUAUGAAGACCCAAAACAACGCAAAACCUUAAACCGUGACGAAGAAUUAUUCUUAGAAUGUUGUAGUUUAUUAAAAAGUGGCUCUGAAGUAUCAAAUUCUAUUAAAAACCCCGCAACUGAACCGGAAAGCAAAAACCUCAUUCAACCUGUGGAAGAAGCGCACGAGUAUUCGGACAAUUCGCGUACUCCUACACCUCUGGGGGACACUUUCGAUGAUGAAGCUUCUAAUUCGAAUACCAUAUCGUCUAAUUGGCAUUUGAACUCGGAAAAAACGGUGGACAAGAAUCUGAGUUUGUCCUUUGAGGAGGUGAAGAAUAAGGAGGCCGCUGGUAUGUCUUUUGGGGAAAUUUUGACGAAAGGAUUGAAGAAUCAGUUUGAGAAUGUCGCCAAAGUUAAUGAAAGGGUCAAAGAGAACAAUGAUUUUCAAAAAGAUCCAACUCCCGAACAAAGUCCAACUCCAGAAGACCGAAAAGAUGACAGCGACGGUUCGAUUGUCAGCAAAAAAGUGGCAACCAAAGGUGCAAGAAAAGUCUACGAAGGCUUAAGAGUCUCAAUACCAACGGAAGAUUUGAAUUUAGACGUCCUGAACGCCAAGAAAUGUGAAAUUAUCAAAACUGCACCGCAAGUAGAAGAACAAACAAGUCCAUCAAAACCGAGAUCCAUGAGAAAAUCUAAGCCAGUUAAAAAGUCUCAAGUUGGCAGCAAUUUACUUUUUAAAGUGAAUAAAAAGAGGCCGAUACAAACUGAUAUAUACAAUUUUGAAGAGACUCAAGAUAAUGUUGAUAUUUUCAUAAAGCCUACUGCCAAGGACAUUAACAAAAAGAUAAUUCCUAGUGACAAUGAAAGUUUAGGCUAUGCUGACUCAAUAGGUGCUGACGCAAAGUCAGUAUCCAGUUUAUCGUCGAUAUCAGCAAUGUCAACUAAAAAACCUCUCGAGCCAACAAGCCCUCAAAAUAUCACCAAAAAGAAAUCGAAAAUUAUGGGCAAAAUAUUCAAAAACGCGGCCAAAACUAAAACCGACGAUAUCGACGAGGAAUUACGCAAUAUACCUGAAAUACCCGAAAUUGACAAUUUGGAAUUGGUAGAGAAUUACGUGCGCAGCUGUCAGAGGGUGCAAAGUCCGUUUUUGCCACCUCCACCACCUCCUGCACCACUGGACCAAGUCCCCAAAAAACCUAAAAUGACCGAAGAAGAAAUGAAUAUGCUAUUUGAUCAGUUAUUAGGCAAAGACAUUGAAAAGCCCAAACCAACAAAAAGGAAAAAUCAUAACAAUAACAAAGUAAAACAUCGCAAAAGGUCACGCGUAAAUUCGGAAAGUUCAGAUGAAUAUAAUCUUAAUAAAUCAACUAAAAAGAGAACUAACAAGAAAAAUAAUCCCGAUGAUUCAGGUAUUAACAUGGAACAGGAAUUAAAGGAAUGCAUUGGGGUUGCUAGUAGGAAAAGUCAACGCACUUGCACUAGUGGCAAACAAAAUAUUUUAGUGGAACAUUGGAGCUCGGACGAGGAAGCCUUUGAAGCAAUGCUGGAAACCCAUAAACUACCAGUAGAAGUUGAAAAGGUUUUUGAAAAACCUCCAAAACCCAAAAAGCUUGUUAAAAAACCUAGAAAACCCAAACAGGUUCCAAAAACUUUAGAAGAAAUCGCUGUAGCAACUUCAAAUAGACGUAAAAGAACAGCAGCUGAUCCCCUGUACCAUUGGAGUUCCAGCGAAGACGAUUCUGAAUCUUUAAUCGAAAUUAAACCAAUUAGAGAAGAAGAAGAUGAGGACGACAGGCCUGUGCAACAUGGUUGGAUAGUGGGAGAUUCACCGAAAAAACUAGUAACCAUGUUGGCCUUAACUAAAGGCAAAAAAACUGAUUUCGACAGUGUCAAAGAGCAAGGCAAAAGGAGGACUUCUAAUGUUGCCAGCUGACGCAUUGUUAGUAGCAGUAAAGGGUGGCAAACAUCCAUUGUAAAAUGAUUUUGAAUCACCCCUUCAAGGAAUAAAGUCCCACGAAUAAAUCCCGGGAAAAAAGCCGCAAGGUUGCAAAGUCAAAUGAAAAUUAAAUGUUCUGGUUUCAAUAGGAAAUUGCAUUUUCAACAAGCGAGCAAAUUUCUUGUUAUUAACCCCCACCUUUGUGUAUUUGAAUAUUGUCCAUUAUUGUAUAAAAAAAAAAAUUAAAUAUUCUUAAAAAAAUACAUAUAUCGGAAUAUAAUAUAAAUAAAAAUAAUGUUAAAUAGAUUUUUGUAUACAUAUUAGGUGUUCAAGUGUCAUUUAUGUGGGGCAGGUUCUAUCACUUAAAUUUAUACAUAUAUGGAUUGUAUCAAUUCGUUUAAUAAAAUAAUGUUUGUUAAUUUAAGUUUAGGUUUGUUCUUACAGCAAUCAAAAAUCAGUCAGAGCGUCAGAAAACUAGUUUCAACCAAUGACUGACUGGUUUGUGAUUGCUGCGUGAACAGACCUAUUUAUUCUUUUCUAAUCUAUCGAAUUUAAAGCAAAAAAAAAAAUAUCAAUACAUGUCCUGUUGUGUUCGUUUUUUUAUUAUUAUUAAUAAUAAUGAUUAUUCGUGAUUAUAUUGUAAUGAAAUUUGUUAAAUAGGUAGGUUAAGACUUUUUACAUUAAUAAGAAAUAUACAGGGUGUUUGUGGUAUAUCAAUAGGGAGUUUGGAGUUUGUUUGAACAUUUAUGUAAAGUUUCGUUGUUUUUGAAAUACAUAAUUCAAACUAUCUAAAAAUGGCAAAACUUUGUAAUAUGGUGAAACUUUUCCAAAUGACCCCAAUUCUCACACACUGAAAACUCCCUAUUGAUGUACCAAACACCCUGUAUAUUGAGAUUUUAAGUCAUAUUUCAGACAAGAUAGAAGUGCACGAUUCUUGUCAACUGUGAUAAAAGACCUGUUCCAACACAAUAUGACUUAAAAUUUUAGGUCUCAUUUAUAUAGUCUGUGGUUGUUAUGAUUUUGGUGCUUUUUAUUUCUUCAAAUUUUUCUAAUAGGUAUAUAAUUUUAUAGGAUAAAAAAUGAUCUGUCUGUUUUUGAUUGGUGCAAAUCCGCGACAACUGUGGGAACAUACCUUCAAAUAGUACAGAUCUAAUAAAUUGUAUAAAAUAAUUAAUAUUGGCUUAAAAAUAAUUUUGUUUUGACUGAAUAUAUAGAGAUUUUAUUUUUUUUCUUUUGCUGCCAAGAAGCCAUGCAUAUUUUGUUUUUUUUUUUUGUAUUAGGAUUUAGUAAGUCUGUUUCCGCAGAAAUCACAAACCAGUCAGAAUGAAUUUCAUUGGUUAAAACUAGUUGUCAACCAAUGAAAUUCGCUCUGACUGGUUUGUGAUUUCUGUGCGAACAGACCUAGUGUUUGCACUAUUUUGAAUUUUUCGUGUACACUAUAUUUUUUUAAGGUGCAUUGAAAUUAAUAUCGUAAGAGAAACAAUUUUUUAAUUUGGCGUAGAUAGAAUUGUAAAAUAAAAAACUAUUAGUAAAUUUAGGGUAUUUAUUU